AUGGACCAGUUCAUCGCUGCCAUCGGCGAGGAAGUCACCGACGCUGAGGAGGAAGCUUUUCUCCUCUUCGCACAGGACAUCCCCUCCGCCAACCUAGGCUUCGUCGACUCCCGCGCGGCAACGGUUGACCUAGUGAUCGGCGAGCACGAGUACUGCAUUCACCAGUCGCCCACUUUGCUAUCCUCCAGUCGAGCCGGGGGCACGACUGGCGCCGUCCUGUGGAAAAUCACUCCCCUGUUCGCCAAAUGGAUUUCCUCCCCUUCCAAUCCUCUCUGGACACAUUCGCUCCUCUCCGCCGCCUCGGUCGUCGCUGAACUAGGCUGCGGCAUCUCCGCUCUCCUCGCCCUGGCCCUGGCGCCGGCCGUACAGCACUAUAUCGCCACUGAUCAGGAGUAUGUGCGCCGACUCUUCCGAACGAAUCUAGACGCCAAUGCAUCACUGAAUGCGCCGUCAGCAUCAUUAUCAUCAUCGAAAAGCAAAGGCAGUACCAAAACAAAAGGUAAGCCCGGACAGGGGAAAAAGCAACAACAGCAAAAACAACAGCCCGCAGGGGCAGUAACGAGUAAUAUCACAUUCACAACCCUGGACUGGGAACUGGAUCAACCCGAGCUACUGAAAAGCUGCAUCGAGUCCGACAAUGCCCAUGCCGGCAAAGUAGAGGAAGAUAAAGGCUUCGACCUCCUCCUCUCCUGCGACUGCAUCUACAACGAAGCCCUAAUCACUCCCUUCGUGCGCACCUGCGCCGAACUCUGCCGGUUACGCCCUGGCGUAAGUGUAGCCACUUCACUUGAAGAGCCGAUUCUCUCCUCCUCGACCACGAGCUCGUCUGCGCGCAAACCCACGAUCUGCAUCGUUGCACAGCAGCAGCGGUCGCCUGAGGUGUUCGAAGCUUGGUUGCGGGAGACCCUGCGCGAGUUCCGCGUCUGGAGGGUGAGUGAUGAGGUCUUGGGGGAGGGGUUGCGUGGCGGGACGGGGUUCAUGGUGCAUCUUUUACUAGUGAGGAAUAGAUCUGAAACUUGA